AUCCAACCCAUCUCCCCACCGAUCUCUGGACCGCCAUGGCUCCGUGGCGCUGAUGGAGCUGCACCAGGCGCCGGAUCAGCCUUUUGCCGUGCCCGUGACGCGGCGCUCCCCCGAGUGGGGCUGGUUGGAGUACCUGCUGCACGCCAGUUGCAGCACCUACCGAAUCCGCCUGCGCUCCGCCUGCUCAGUGGCCAACAAACGUCUCAGCCUGGAGUUCGAUGCGCGCUGCAAGGGGCUAUUGCAGCUCCAUGCGUGGCUGCCGGUGGCGGAGAUCCCCUUUGGGCAAACAGUGGAGGACAUUUGCAGGAACGGCUUCAAAGCUGGGCAUGUGGGAGUCUCGUUUCACGUUGGCAACCUGCAACUGCCAAGUUUGUACGAUGACGGCCGAGAUCGAGGUGGCAAUGACCGCGGGCACAACGUGAAGAGCCGUGGCAGGUCGCUUCCGGCCGGCCGGCGGCUCUACGAAUUCUUGCUCUGCCGGGUGGGUGCAGGGCGCUCCUAUUUGGUCGACAAGGCAGCUCAGGCAGAGAGCUUGGCGCUGCCUCCCGAGUUCGACAGCUUCUGCGUGCGUCACAGCCCGGCGAACGAGCAGGUGGUGAACGAAGAAUUUCCAGGCGUGCUGCCUCGACACGUGCUGCACCAUGAGUACAUGGUGCGAGAUCCGGCGCAGGCGCUGCCGGUGUACCUGGUGCACUUUGAGUUUGACCCUGAGAUGCCGGAGCUGCUGAACUUGCCGCUCUGCGACAGCUGCGGGCUGCAGGCAGCUCUGGUCUACUGCCAAGCAGACGAUGCCAUCCUGUGCCGGCCCUGCGACACCCGCAUCCACUCGGCCAACAAGUUGGCCUCGCGCCACAUCCGCGUGGAGCUCAACCGGCGUCCCAACGGGCCGCUGGGCAGCUGCCCGGAUCAUAGCGGGGCGGAAGCCGACAUGUACUGCACGGAAUGCAAGCUGCCGGUCUGUCAGCAUUGCCGCAAGCUGGGCAAUCACAGUGCAGGUGAAGCGAAGAAUCAUCGCCUCAUCGGCCUGCGGGAAGCCUAUCAACAUGCCCUGAAGGAGAGCUCCUCAACAGCCAACAGCAUGUUGUCGGAACGGCAGCGGGUGGAGCAGCAACAGGUGGCUCAGUUGGACCAGCGCCUGGUGGCCGUGCAGGAAUCCACCCAGGCCUUGGAGGAUGGGAUCUACGACCAGGUGCAGCUGGCGGUGAAGCAAGGUCAAGCUCUUGCAGAGGAGCAGGCCUCGCUAUUUAUGGCUGAUGAGCUGGAAGCCAAGAGGCAACUGGAGCAAGUGGCGUGGAUGGACUCGUUCAUGGAGGAUCAUGUGAAGAACCUGCCGCCGCCAGACUACUUGAACGCCUGGCUGCUGCAUGCCAAGGUUCGAGAAGACGUGAACCAGCUAGGUCGCCUCCAGCAGGCCCGGGCCAGCGCCAUGCUGCGGCUAGAGGGCGGCUUGCGACUGGUGACGGAUGACUCCAAGGUCUAUUCUUCAGAGGCUGCAGGCACAAUGACAGCUGCGCCCAGACCGAGAGGUGGUAAAAGUCCACCGAAGACUCGAUUCCUGCUGGAUGGCUAGUGCCACCUGCGAGAUGUUAGACGUUGGAUUUCCAAGACGGC